CUUCAGGCAUCCAUUCUGCUGCCUUCGUCGUCGUCCUCGAUUCGAAGCGGAAACCCCGAUUCAUUCAUUCCCCUCCCCCAAACGCCAAAACCCUAGCCUCCUCUCCGUGUGAUGGGAUGCCGUCCAAACCCUACACCGACCGCCUAACCCCCUCCUCCUCCUCCUCCGCCGCCGCGACCUGGAUGUCCGCAUGGACGGCAUCCCGGCCCUGAUCGCCGCCGGAGCGACCGCCGUCUGCUGCCUCGCCUGCGCCUUCUGGGCCUUCCGCUCCUCCUCCCCCUUCUUCAAGAAGCACCGAUCCCUUCCCCCGCGCUGCUGCGGCUGCGCCUCCUGCGGCUGCCGCGCGAAAUCCGCCAACGGCGACAUGGCCGUGGGCGGGGAGAGUAAGAAGAAGGCGCAGGAGCCGGCCCCGCCCGAAGGCUGCGGCGGCGGCGCCUCGAUGAUGGAGCAGCUCGUGCCGGAGAUCACCACCCACGCGCUCAGCUACCUCGACUACACCAGCCUCUGCCGCCUCUCCAUGACCAACUCCGCCAUGCGCCGUGCAGCCAACGACGACGGCGCCUGGAAGGCCCUCUACCACAAGGAUUUUACAAUGGAGCAGGACAAUAUAACUCCACCUAAUGGAUGGAAGGCAUAUUAUGCAGCUACAAAAGCCAUCAUGAAUGUGAAUGCAGAGUUCUAUAAUAUCAUCAGGGAAGGGUCCUUGCCUGCAAUGAGCCAUUUCUGGCUUAAUGCAGACUAUGUCAAGUGUAUUCAUGCGACUGGGGAGUUCUUUACAGGGUACAAUGCAGUGUUGGAAAGCUGGGGCUUGCUGUUCAACUGGGGCCAAGAUGGAGGGCAGGGUGUUGCUUUCCAGAUACGUGAUGUUCGGGUUCGUGUUCUCGAUGAGGUGGCAUGGGUCAACAUGAAGGCAACUGUUGGUGUUGACCCAGUUGACCCUGUGGUGUUCCAUGUGACCAAUGUAUAUGAGUUCCGUAACGGCAGGUGGUAUAUGGUUCAUCACCAUAGCUCAGCCAUGGCUGACCCUGCUCCCCAUAAUCUGUUUGGUUGAAGCUGCAGAACAAAAUUCAAGUGCAAAAAAGCUUGAUGGCAUUUCGUCAUGUGGCGUGCUUCCUCCUCCACCGGUGAUAGAUUAUCUAAUGUAUUUGAAGAGAGCUAUUUUCUCCAUUUUGAAUCUCCUGUCUCCUGGUUGACGAUGUUAUCCUCAGCAGUUCUGUAUAAAUGUGUUUUAGGAGUUAACUGAGAUGGUCAAUGAAAGGUUAUCGUGCCCUGUGUGCCGCCUCUGA